CCCAGUUGUGCUCCCUUCCAAGCGCCGACCCAUUACACCAGAGAUUGGCAGGCGGCGAAAGAUGAAUUGGUCCUUGGCAAACAGUGCCCACAGCUUCAGUCCUUGAUCGAAGCCAUGCGGGAAAGGACUCGGGCGACGCGGGCUCUGACUGCAAUCUACCGGAUUCCCAUCGAACUCCCGGGCAUGCUGACUUCUGCUGCAACUGAGAACUUUGGCAGGCUCACCCUCCUACGAUUCCUUCUUGCCGUCAUCGUCACGGGCGCCCAGGCCAAGAAGGCGGAGGAUGCAGAACCCACAAAGCCACCGACCAAGACCCUUGACGUGCUGAGUGGAUGCUACUUUGUGGUGGUUCGCCAGCGCUAUCUCCCCCUUGCGAUGAACGUGCUCGACAACCUGCCGUCCUUUCUCCAGUUUCACCUUGGCGAGUCUUUAUUCCCCAAUUUCAUUCAAGUUAUCAAGAACUGGUCCGCUACCGACCUCGCCUACCAGAAUCGCAAGCUUCAUGUUGAAUGGGUGCCGUCGGAGCUACACUCCCGCUGUAUUGACGAUCCCACCGACGAUCAAGGUCCUCAAGUCCGUGAUCCCAUGGACUUCCUUCUCUGCAUGGAAGACCCCAUGGAGAUUCUUGAGGGCACUCUCCACAUCAACAUCCAUGCCAAACAUGUUCGUGACGUAGAUGAUGGCCUUUCUGUGAUCGGUUACCUUGACGAUUGGAACGAGAGUCAGGCCCAGCUCCAGACCGCUCUCCAGACCAUCGAGACCAUUACUGACGAGAAGAACAGUUUGAACCGGGACCUACAGGCCGUUCGUGACAAAUUGGAGGCAAUGAAGGCCGCCCACGAGGCAGCUGCUGCUAUGUCAGAGUUGGCUACAGACUUUAGGCCCAUUCCAAUGCUUACAGUGGACGUUCCUACCGGUCCACCGGGCCAAACACGCGUCAUCACUACUACACUACUCAGUCCCUCGGCUCGUACCAUUGUUUCACCAGCGACGGCUCAAGAAACGGACGGAGAAGAUGGGGAGGACCAACCCAAUGCGUCCUCUCCUAUGGACACCGGUUGAGAUGGUUUUGGUGACAACCAUCUUGUUCGUGCACCGGGUUCCGCCCGGCUUGCCUUCCAGAAUAUUAACACUAUUCCCAACAAGUCAGACGACCCUAAACAAGCACAACUCAACCACUGGAUUCGAAGCGAAUGUGUGGACUUUUUACUUCUGGCUGAAUUGAACAAAUUCUGGCCAGCAAUUACACCAACCAACCGAUGGCGUGAACGAGCCAGCACUAUGGCUAGGAAGGGCGAAGGUUUCCAUUCGGCGGUGGCCUACAAUACCCAUCAACCACGGGCGGCCCAUUCUACCACUCAAUUUGGGGGCUGCUCGACUUCUGCCUUCAACGAAGUAUCUCACCGAGUUAGGUCCAGUGGCGACGAUAGCUUGGGGCGAUGGGCUUGGAUACGUCUUCAGGGCCGAACACGAGGCGUUGGCCAGCGCGACUUGGUGGUGAUCUCUGCCUACCGUCCAAACCCACCUAACGACGGGCAUCAAACAGUGUGGUUCCAACAUAAGGCCCACUUCAGCCGCACCAACCGCGAUGCAGAACCCAGGGAGGCUUUCAUCAAGGACCUCUCGACGGCUAUCAACAAAUGGCGCGACGACGGCUGUUCUAUCAUCUUGGGCAUCAACGCCAACGACGACUUAUCCUCCUACUCCCCGAAGUCUUUCCGUUUUCGGAUGAGCGAAGUAGGACUGGUCGAGGUGAUCCAGUCUAAGCACCCAGGGUCCCAUCAGGCCACUUACCAGCUGAACCUCCGUGGGUAUCCGAUUGACGGCAUCUUCGCGACGCCUGACCUGCCCAUCCUGGCCGCCGGGUACUACCCUUUUGACGAACACGUCGCCUCCGAUCACCAUGGCCUGUGGAUCGACUUUGACUUGAACAGUCUCCUCAGCGGACACCAACCUACGAGAUCCACCCAUGUUCCACGCCGGCUGGUGAUGCACAACAAACGGGUGGCUCAACGAUAUGUCCAAUUGGCAGAGCAAGGUUAUAUGCGGUACAAUAUUCCGGGUUGUCUCUCUACCCUAGGGCUCGAUGUUGCCCGACAGCAGGGCGUCAUCACCAAAUCCCAGGCGGUCAGAUUCGAUCGGAUACACGCUUAUGCCUACACAGUUCGACGGUUGGCGGAGCAGAACUGCAGGAAGUUGUCGAUGGGCGGGGCAGAAUGGUCUCCGACGGGCCAAUCCAUUCGGGAUCGGAUCACCUUGUGGCGCCUUCUCCUCAAGGGCCAACCCGAACUUGAGUCCCAUCUCACCCAAGACCUUGGUCAAUAUCGAGAAGCCAAGAGGGGCCUCACUUCUAAAUGGCGGAAGGCUCAUGUCACUGCUCGGACCCAGAGCAUUGCUAAGGUCCGUCAUAAGACGGCAAGCCAAGGAGAACGAUAUCACCGCUUACGGUCCAUAAAGCAACGCAAGGAGACUCGUCGGAGGCGCAAGGCUCGUUCCUCCGGUUUGUCUGGCGGUCUAAGGGCCAUUCAAGUUGAACAGGAGGACAGCUCUGGCAAUCGUCGGUUACAGACCAUUACUGACCCGACGUCGGUCGAAGAUGGAUGCAUGCAAGAAAAUAGGGCCCAAUAUCAACAAACCCAGACCCCACACUCCACUCCUCCCAUGUCUGAGCCACUCUACACUAUGUUCACGGGCCCUGACGCGGACGACAACCAACAACUCCUUCUGGAAGGCAAACUCCCCAUCCCUAGUGGCCUUGCUUACCCUACCCAAGCCUUCCUUCGCCACUGUCGACUGCACGACAGUUACCGGCCAAGUCCUUCCCCCUUGAUGGUUGAAGAGCACGUGGACUUUUGGAGCCGCACUCCUGAGAACAAGGGUUCGGAGCCCCACGGCCUCCAUAAUGGCCACUUCAAGGCAGGCGCCCUCUCAGAACUAUUGGCUUCUUGUGAUACGGCGUUUCGGGACAUUCCACUCCAGUUGGGCCAUGUUCCGGAACUCUGGAAGAACCUAAUGAACUUUGCAAUUGAGAAGAAGCCCGGUGAUUCCGCCCACAAGGGAUGCGGACCAUCCAGCUGUUCAACUCGGAGGCUCAAGCCAACUACAAGAAAGCGGGUAGCGAAGACGGCCCUGCGGAGAUUUGGCCUGCCGGUCCCUGUCACCAACCUCAUGUUUGACAUCUUGGCAAAGGCUAAACACAGGGUCCGAACUGGCUUUGGCAACUCGGAUCGGACCUUUGGGCCCACUGGCGAUGUUCCCUUCCAGGGCUGCGGUCAAGGCAAUGGCGCAGGCCCAUGCAUCUGGGUGGCGAUCAGUGCAAUCCUCAUUGACGCCAUGGAGGCCGAGGGAUUUGGGUACAAGAGCAGCACUGCCCUCACCAACAAGGAGUUCUUCGCUUUGUGCUUCUGCUUUGUGGAUGACACCGAUGUCAUGGAGUCCAACGACGACGUGGAGACGACUGGCGAAGACCUCCUCCCGUUGGUACAGUCGGCUUUGGACCUUUGGUCGGGUGGCAUCAGUGCCACUGGUGGAGCUAUCAACCCGGCGAAGUCCUUCUGGUGGCUGAUUGAUUUCAAAUGGCGGCCGUCCUCUGGCACGUGGGUGUUU